AUGAGCAGACUUCAAGGCAACGCGCGGGGCGUGAUCUUUGCCGGGCGCCUGAACAAGGCAGACAGCAAGACGGAGAAGCCCGUCGACCGGCUCGUGGGCUCUCUGAAGAGCUUCGUGCCGGAGGAUAUCCUGGGCAACUUUCAGGAUUGGAUCGAGUUUCCGGAGGGCUAUGAGGAGGACGGCGUGUCCACCAAGUGGCCAGAGGACUCGCCGCCGGCCUCGCCCUCACAGGCGGGGCUCUCCACGCCGGGGACCAAGCUGCCGCCCCUGAGCCCGACCAGCCCAGGCGUGCAGACGGCGCGGCGCCGAAAAGCAGAGCGCCCCGGCGAUCGGCUCACGCUGGCCCGCGCCGCCUGUGCCCGGCAUGAACAGCUCCGAGAGCUUGUGCCCUACCUGCCGCCGGAUCCGCCAAGACUCAGCAGGUCGGCGCGGCGGAAGCUCGCGGAGCGCCGGGAGCUGGAGGCGAAGAUGGCCCAGGAGCAGGCGGACCGGCAGCAGGCAGAGGCGCGCCAGGGCUUCGCAAAGGCGCGGUUCCGCGCCCUGGGCUUCGCAGUUCUGCGCAAGCUCCGCCUCCAGGACGAAGACUUUUUCGAGCGGUUGCGGAACAGCGCAGUGCAGCCGAUGUCGAAACCCAUCAAGAAGAAGGUGAAGCUGCAGAGCUCCAAAGAUGACGAGGAUUUUGACCCAUUCUACCACCACCUGAGGCACGUGAGGCGCAAGGAGGAGACCUCCCCGCGGCGCGCGGCGAAGCGCGAGGAGCUCACCCAACGAGGGAACUUCACCUCGGCGUUUCUGGCGGACCUGGCGGUGAAGCCGCGGGUGGACUCCCAGCCGCUCCUGGCCUUCAUGGAGCAGGGCGACUUCAUGUCUGCCGUGGAGCAGAAGAAUGACACGGGCUCGGAGCAGGUGCUGCUUGCAAGGCGCUUGAAAGCCCUGCGGGGCUCGGAGCCCCGGGGCGUGCCGGAGCCGGCGCCGGAGGAGCCGGGGGGGUCCUUCUCCCGAAACGCCAAGCGCAAGUUCCACGCAGGCGGGCACGCGCCGGCUAAGUCCACCGGCACCAGCAAGGGCAGCCAAAUGCAGCGGAUGUUGGAGCUUUUGGACCCAGGACGCCGCGCCGGGCAUGUGAACGCGGACGCGCUGGUGCCCUUGAUGUUCUGGCUGGGGCUCACCAAGAGCCGCGCGGCGGCCCUGGAAACCCUGAGGAUGGGCUUCGGAUCUUUGCAGAUCGACGACGGGGCGCUGAUGGUGAUGGGCGAGCACGUGGAGGUGCAGAUGCGGCUGGUGGAGGGGCUGCGUCAGCUAGUGCGCCGAGAUUCACUGGAGCUUCUGUGCGAGUACCUCACAGGCGGCAGCUUCCAGCGGCUCCGGACCUGGUUCAACUCCAUGCGUGCGGACCAGUUCGGCUGUGUGGACAUCACCCAGGUGCAGAGCCUCUUCGCGCGCAUGGAGGUCACCACGGACCGGCAGACCCUCUUCCGCCUGCUGAGCUACAUGACAGAGAAUCCGCACCCCUCGGCGGCGGGGGAUGCCCGAGAGGCGGCCGCCAUCGAGAACAAGAAGUUCAGCCUCAACGGGUUCGGGUCGCUGCUCUGCCGCUGUGCAACCUCCUGGUGCCUGCACCGUAUGAUGGCGAUGCUCUCCACUGGGGAGGAUGACACCAUCCACGACGUGGCAAAUAGGUGGAUCCAGCUGCAGCGGAAGAUCAUGAUCUCGCUGAUGGUGAACCAGCGCUUCUGGGGCCGCGAGAGCCGGCAGGUGCUCAGCAGCCUGCAGGCCCCACAGAUCCACGCGCCCGACCUGGAGGAGCUACGGAAGCUGUCUCCCGAGCAGUGGAACGUGCUCUUCCAGCGGGUGCGCGCGCAAGGCUUGGCCUCAGUGUUACUGGACCACCCCGAAGAGCCGAACGGGUGA